AUGACAAACCAUUCACGUCCCAAUGAUUUCACAUCCUCCUUCCUAUUUCCUCGACCACAACAACAAACGAUCAUGCUUCGACGUCUCUCCUCACUCAUUCAACAAUUAGCUCCGUCAACAACAGAGCACUAUCCUCUCACAACAACUGCAACCUCGUCAUCAUCAUUGGGAGGAAAUCGAACACGCACUUCCGAGUCUUACAUGCCUCCUGAUUUUUAUUCAUCACGAACUGCAAAUAUGAUGCAAUAUCGUAAUUUUGUAAAUCGAAGACAACAAGCAUUGAUGCCAAUUUACUUUGAUUCCAACGAAGAUUUCAUUCGGAGAGUAGCAAUGAAUUAUUAUUAUUCUCAACAUGGCGAUAAAUAUUGA